CGUCUCCUCGAUUCUUGAUUCUUCCCACAGAAAGCAAGCACAGCGCCAGGUAAGUAGAGCAUAUUCCUUCGUAUGGCAUCUCGCUGUGCCCAGUUGGCUCACAGCUUCUCCGCAUACCCCGCUCAUUUAGGAUCGUUCCGACUCCAUAAAUGAUGUUUCCAGAACUAGUGCUUGUAACUCUCGCGAGGUAUCACUUUAGCUCUCUAUUCUUCACGCAACGAAUGAAAUCGGUAGCAUAGCUUCCGGGUAGUUGAGGCUGCUAUCGUCUGCGAAACAUGACGAAUUCUUUUCAUCUUGAACUCCCAUGGACGCCAUAGCCUCUCAGCAGCUUUUGACUCGACUCAAAAGUCGCCUGUGAAACAUGAGCUGAGUUCUUAUCAUCUUGAACUCCCAUGGACGCCAUAGCCUUCCAGAGCGGCUCGUCCGCUCGCUUGGAGAAACUGACCAGUCCGCGUGACCCUCGCUCUCCAUCUGGCAAGUCGAUCUGGCGAGGGGAGCAGCAGCAGCAGCAGCAGCACUAUAACCGAUACCAGCAGCAACUGGAAGAGCAGCAGCAGCAGCAGCUGCGCCAGCAGCUUCAACAGUUGCAGCGGGAUCGUCAUCAGCAGCUUCUGGAAGCGAGAGCCGAGAGACUGCAGAGGGAGCUGCAGGCAGUAUUGGUCGCAGAUGUAGACAGAGACUGCACGUUCCAGCUGGAGCUCAUGAGUCAGCUGGACCAAUGGCAUGCCCUUCACGAGAAGGCUCAAACGACGUCUCCAAGAUCUGUGGAGGGGACUGGAGCCUCAAGCGCCCAACCUUCCAACGUCCACCUGCUGGAGCUUGACCAGUCUCCUGAGGCCACGUGUCCACCUGAGGGGGCAGCGUCUGCCCGAGCUGAGGUCGAAUAUAGGGCAGCAGGGGGUGAAACGUGGGCAGCAGAGGGUGAUACGCGGGCAGCAGAAGGUGAUACGCGGGCAGCAGAAGGUGAUACGCGGGCAGCAGAGGGUGAAGAGCGGGCAGCAGCAUCUGAAACACGAGCAGCUAAAGCAGCGGAAGUAGAGCAACAGCUAGAAGCGGCAGUCCCUGGAGAGGCGGCUUUAAAACCGCUCCUGCAGCUGCUGCAACGGCACGAGCUGGAGGCGACGGCACCAGAGCUGCAGGAGAAAUCAAACGUAGGAGCGUCCAGGGACGCUGCUUUCGAAGCGUUCCUGCAGCUGCAACGGCAAGAGCUGGCGGCGAAGGCAGCAGAUCUACAGGCGAAGUUAAACGCAGCAGCUACCAGAGAGGCGGCUUUAGAAGCGUCCCUGAUGCUGCAGCGAGAAGAGUUAGAGGGGAAGGCCACAGAGCUGCAGGAGCAAUUAAACGCUGCAGCUGUGAGAGAAGCCUCUUUUGAAGCGUCCCUGCAGUUGCAACGGGAAGAACUAGAGGCGAAGGCAGCAGAGGCCCUGGCGGCGCAGGCGGGAAUGGCGGAGAGGAGGAGGGUGCGCGCUGCUGAGAUGGCUGCUGGGCGAUUGGCGGAGGCGGAGGGACGGCUGGGGGAGGUGGAGAAGGAGAAGGAGCGGGUGGGGAGGAAUUUGGCUCGGUUGCAGCAACACCUGCUGGAUAGGGAUGCUGACGAGACCCUGCGCCUGGAGCGAGAGGCGGAGCGGAUCUGCCAGCUGGAGUGCCAGCUGGCGGAUAAGGCGAGGGCGCUCGGCCAAUCAGAGUGCGAGAGGGUCGUUUUGGAGCGACAGCUGGCGGAUAAGGCAAGUCAGCUCGGCCAAUCGGAGCGGGUGAGAGCCCAGCUGGAGCAGCAGCUGAGGGAAAGGAGCAGGGAGGUCUGGGAGGCUCGGAUGCAGCUGGUUCGGCUGCAGGCUCGAGCCGAGCCUUCAGGGCAGGCUGGGGAGUUGGAUUUGCAGGAGGGAGACUUAUUAGAGGGAGGAGACAUUGGUGGAGAGUUAAGGAGAGUGGGAGAGGAAGAGGAAGAGGAGAGUGGGAAAAAGGAGAAGCAGAUUGGAAUUCAAGGCAUGAGAAGAUAUGGAGGAGAGGGUGGUGAUGGUGUUAGUAGGACUGCUGGGGAUGGGCCACGUAUUGUGUUACCAGAUGCGUCACCAAGCGGGUUACGAGAGACGUUACCAGGCGGGGCGCCCGGCGUGGCACCAGGCCUGUUACCAGAUGUGUUACAGCAGGUGAUGGAGGCGGCUCAUCGGCCCAUAGUAAUGGGUCACCGCAUGUGCGUGCAUGCUGAGGUGCUAGUGAGGGAUCCACCUAUGCACGAUGGAGACGCCUCAUCGCGUGCUGAUGUGGCAUGCCAUCAUGGAUCACAUGCUGAUGUGGCAUUUUAUGAUGCGUCCCAUGCUGAAAUGGCAUGCUCUUCCGUGGCCCAGCCUAUUGGUCCAUGCGGAUGCGCGUCAGGAGCAGCAGGAGCAGGAGCAGCAGGAGCCAUAGGCGAAGCAGGUGCAGCAGCUUUAGUUACUGCAGCAGCGCCAGUUACUGAUGCACGUGCUGCAGACGCUCCCAGUGCUGCAACGUCAGCCUUUUCCAAGACAACUCAAGAGUUUGCUCCAGCGGCGGAGUGCUCAUUGGCACAGACAUCACUGAAAGCAGCGGCUGCUGCAGCAAGAGAAAUCGCGGCAGCGAGAGAAAUUGCGGCAGCAUCAGCGUUCCAACAACCAUCACCACCAUCACCACCAUCACCACCAUCACCAUCCCCGCCCCCAUCCCCAUCCCCAUCCCCAACCCCAUCCCAAUCCCCAUCCCCAGCAGCAGCAGCGGCAGCAGUAGCAGCAGUGAGCUUGCGCCACGGGCUGCCCUUUCAAGCCCUACUGGCCACACAAGACGAGACAGCUCCAACGGUAAAAGGGGUAGAGACGUUAGGAGAGAGUGGUGGAGCGCGGGAAAGCCGGCACUCGUCCUCCCCGUCGCUCGGUUCUCAGGCGGCCCAUGAGGCCCGAAGCUUCGAGGCGCCGCGAUCCGGCGCAGAAGAGCAGCGCUCGGACUGCUCUCUGGAUUGCGGCGAGGAGAAGGAGAGGCUGGCGGUGGAAAAGGCUUGGAUGGUGGAGGAGAGGGUGACAGCAGAGGAGAGGAGCGCGAGGGCGGCUGAAGAGAUCCGAGUGUUGCAGGACAACCUGCAGGAAACAGAGUCCGUAUGCUGGCAGCGACAGGCUCAGCUGGAGCAGGCGUUAUCUGAGGUGGCAGAGGGCAGGCGGGAGAGGGGGGUUCUAGAAGAGGAGCUGCUUCGGCUGCAGUGCGCUUUGGAUCAGUGUAUGCUGCGACUCAAUAGCGAUUCUGCUUAUAUGGUGGACAGGAGAAUCGUGGUCAAGCUGCUGGUGGCUUACUUUCAGCGCAACCACAGCAGAGAGGUGCUUGACAUCAUGUGUCGGAUACUCGAGUGCUCCAAGGACGAACGGCAGCAGCUAGAGUCAGCAGCCUUCCGCCCCACCCUCACCAGAAGCACCAGUUUCAAACCCAAAGGGCCUGCCCGGCAGCAGGGAAGCAGCAAGGGCAGCAGCAGGGGAGGAGUUUUCGGGCUGCCCGGCCGGAUUGCGGGCGGGCUGUUGGGGGGGAAUAGGAGAGGAGUGGAGAACGUGGGAAGGGCCGGGAAGGAACUUGAGGGGCAGCAAGAGGCAGGGAAAAAGUCAGGGACAAAAAGCCCCGGGGUAAGAUGGACGGAUUUUGAGUCGACUCAAAGCCCGGGGGUAAGACGGACGGAUUUUGAGUCGACUCAAAGCCCGGGGGUAAGACGGACGGAUUUUGAGUCGACUCAAAGCCCGGGGGUACGACAGACGGAUUUUGAGUCGACUCAAAGCCCGGGGGUACGACAGACGGAUUUUGAGUCGACUCAAAGCCCGGGGGUACGACAGACGGAUUUUGAGUCGACUCAAAGCCCUGGGGUACGACAGACGGCAUAACCAUGUCCUUCACGUGUCCUACUUAAAGCUUUCCUUUCAGAAUUCGAGUGCAAGGAGAGUGAUAGUGAGAGAGAAUCUCAAGGAGAUCGAGAGUGAGAGAGGGGACCGAGGAGAUGGAGAGAGUGAGAGAGGAGAGGAGAGAGUGAGAGAGAGGGGACCGAGGAGAGGAGAGAGUGAGUGUCGAUGGACAUCAGCACCGCAUUUGGAUAUGAGCUAAUGUCAAGAAGCGAAGUAGCGUUUGGCUUGCUCUCGAGGCUGUCAGGAGGAGUGACUUGAUCGUCUUUCUUCUUGCGCCUCCGCAUGUCUGCUGCUUCCCAGUCAAAACAUGUCUAGCUCCUUGCCCCUCCCGUGUGUAAUGAGUCGAUUUUUGAGUCGACUAAAAAAUCGACUCAUUGCCUCCGCAUGUCUGCUCCUGCCCAGUCAUAACAUGUCUAGCUCCUUGCCCCUCCCAUCUGCUCCAGUCCAGUUCAGGCAUUCAAGGAAGGACUUCUGGGUAUACUUUCUCGUGAGGGGGACAGAGGAGCAGAGAGCAUAGAGGGUGUGUGUGCAAGUCAGCGUGACUUAAAGCACUUCAUUUCCUUCGGUUGUGCCUCGUGUCUCCCUCCCUGCAGUCAUUCACUGACCUCUGGGUAGAUUACUUGGUGAAGGAGCCCGAGGAGCAGAGGGAGCAGAGGGAGCAGAGGGAGCAGAGGGAGCAGAGGCAGGGACAGCAGACUAGCCAUAGUGCUCAUGCCAGCAGCAGGAGCUCUCUCUCUCAAGCGAGCAGUAGUCCCGAGAGCGACUUCCACACUCACUCGUUCAGCGAACAGCUACUAUCCCCGCCAAACGCAGCCUACACUACCAGACAGAGUUUGCCGCCCAGAUCCCCAUCCCACUGGCAUCAGCAACAGCAUCAGCAGCAGCAGCACCAGCAGCACAGGCAUCAUCAGCACCAGCAGCAGAAGCACACCCGAUCGCCCUCUUAUCCGUCAAGAUCCCCCUCUUUCCCGCCCAGGUCCCCCUCCUAUGAUCCUAGGUCCCCUAGUUGCCCAUCUCCUGGAUUCUCGCCUCGCUCGCUGGGCAGCCCGUCAAAAGUUCCUGGGCAUGCAGCACUGCUUUUCUCCCGAGGCAGCCCACCCCUCCGAUUUUCAAGCCUGUCUCCACGCUCUCCUUAUGCUGCACAUUCUUCUCUGGGCAGUCCAGCUUUGUAGGCUCUCUUGACAUGUUUGUGGAAAAUAUAUCACAACUGCUACACCUGGAAUUUCUACUUUCUGGGUUUGUCCUGCAUGUGGUGGAUGAUGGGUUCCACUUCUCUUGUCGCUUCCCUUGCCAUAUUGGAUGUAUGAUACAUUGGAGUUCCAUUUCUAGAGU